AUGGCUUGGAAACGGCGAAGGAUACUCCUGCACAGCGGCGAAGCCAUGGAUUCUGAUAAUGAUAAGGUUUGCCUUUAAAAAAAAAAAAAAAAAAAUUCUUCCCUCGUCUCUCCUGGAGUUGCUGGCUUUGAAGUUCAUGCUGUUGUUGGAUACUUCUUUAGAAAGCUUUUUUUUCUGUAAACGUGAUCAUGCGUUUGACUCUUGGGGGCAGAGACAGCGGGAAGAAGAGGAAUUAUAUUUUUUCCCAUUGGAGAUAAGAGUGAAGGAAAUAGAAUGAAUGCGAUAGCAGUGACAGAGGAAGAAAAAAUGGUGAAGGAAAAAUGCUGUUCACCUCUUCUAUUGCUUCUGGCUGUUGUCGCCAGCCUCUCACAGAGGCUGUCUGCUGCAGUCUCUCGCAUGUCUGCGCACCAGCUGCAGUUUCUGUGGGCAGUGUGCUUCCCGUUCUAAUUAUCCUCCGCAUGCGGAUGAAACACUGUUUGUUCCAGCCUCAGAACAUUGAUUGAAAGGAUCCACCGAUGGUACUUUGUCUCCGCUGAAACAGCCUUUUGUGAUCCUACCUAUGCCUGUUUCUCUCCAGCUGCCAUUCUUCAGCCGCUUUCUAAUCAGCUCGCUAUACUCCUACACGCACCCCUAUUUUCUCUUCAUCACUACCUGACCGUCGUUUCAUUGUUACUAAGCAGAAACAGACUGACCGCUGCAGCUUCAGACCUUUUGAGAGCAAGUCUUGACCUUUUAAUCAGACUGAACAUAUUGGUUUUGUCUCUACGUCAGUGUUUUGAUGACAUAAAACCCCACAAAACCACUGCAGACAGAGCCAUUUGUUCUGUUUUCUCUGAGUCAGUGCCAUCCAAUAUGGAACUGCACUUUUCUUACUUCGUCAGGAACUGGAGUAUAUGUUUUCGAAUUUGUGUUUAAUAUUUUCCUAUGACACUUUUCGAUAACUUAUUAGCCGUGCCUAUUGCAUAACAUGCAAGAAAUCCGUGGGUGAAAAUGUUUCAGGCUAGACUUUUAGCUGUGGCUCAAGAAUUUGGCCGGGAAAUACGUGUAUUCACGAGCCCUGCAGCUUCUGCAUCAGAAGAACCUUCCGCUGCUUCUACCUCGCACCAUGGUGAUCACUGUCUCUGAUUAAUGAACACUUCUUUUAUCAUCUGGUCGACUUGUCCCUGAAUUAUGCUCCUUUUUCCUCUGAAGUGAAUAGAGCAACAGAGUCAUUAAAUUUGAGAAACGAAGCCUAUGUGUUAUAAAAAGUAGACACUCUGUGCAAAAACUGUAGUCUACGCCUUGAUGGUGUCAGAGAUGUUUGUGAUCGGAUGCACCCACCCAAAAUGAAAGGUUCCUGCGGUUCUCCCCUACAGAAGAUGCUAACCCAUUCUCGUUAAUUUUUUGAGCUUGCGAAUCAUCUCUAUCAGAAUAUUGCAAAAUGCUGGUGCAUUAUCUUUAUGGAGGUUGCUCAUGUUUUCAUUCAAAUGUUCAUGGACAGAAGAGGAGGAGGACGAUGAUAUCUAUGACUUCACUCCUGAUGAUUAUUACCGGAUCAUGUCAAUCAAAAAGGAAGGUAAUUAUUAUGUUCAAGUGAAAGAAUGACAGCAUUGGAAAUUUAUCUUGAGCUUCUUUGUUUUAUAUUUAGCCUUUGUGUUUAUGACUUUGAGCUUGUGCAGAUUAGUUUCUGGAAGUUACUGUGCAAUUUUUGUUUUGGUCGUGUGCAGAUUUAUUUCUGAAGACCCACAAAAUUCGUGAAGCAGAGGCUGCAGCCCGUAGAGCAAAAAUAGCCAAGGUAUAUUGGGUAUAUCUAUGAAACCUGUCCACAUCUAUGUUCUUCUCUUCGUUAUUGUCAGUUGGAAAGCUUAUGAUUUCUAUCUUUGUUAUGGUUGGAAUGUGAUGUUUUUCUAUCACUUGGAUGAUAAAGAGACAAUGUUUUUUGGUUAUUUAGUUUCACUUCUGAAAGUCUGGCCUAGGAGGAGUUGGUGUCAAUAGACCAUCUGGUUAUGAGCGUUUCAACGUUGGAAUUGAAACUCGUUCGAGUUUCGUUUGGCAUGAAAGCACCAAGCUUGGCAUUGAAUUUUGAUGAGUAUUGGCUACAGUGAGGAGCCUGGUUUUGUUUUGGGCACGUCAAGGGACCUAGGAUGGACUCUUGUCUAUCAAAAGAUGCUAUAAUAGAUAAGGAGGAAGAUGAAGAAUAUCAAAGGUUAGUAUUAUGGCAUCUAUGCACAUCUAGUACAUGCUUAAGCAUCAUCGUGUGGCCUGUAGGAUGGGCAAAUGCAAAACAUAUGUUCUUGUGAGAUCACAAGAAACUGUAGCAACUAAGUUGCCUUUUUUGAUAAAGUUUGUUAGAUUUUUUAGAAAUUUGAAUGCAGCAUGUGUGUCAUGCUAAUUACUCUGAAAUAAGCAAAAUAUUAAAGUUGAAAGAUUAAGAGAAUUAUUUUGCGUUCUAUUUGUCACGGGGAAGUAGGCUGGAGUGGAACAGGUAUGUGUAUUACAUGAAAUGUGGCUUAAAAAGGCACGUGAAUAUACUACAGUGUAGGUGGAAGCAGAUGGGAUUGCUGGUUUAGCAGUGAAUACUCUAAGUUGGGCAACAAGCAACUUAUUGUUUCGGAGGAGAUUCAAUCAUCAUAAGACUAUUUCGUCCAGUCUAGAAAAAGAAUGUAGACUCUCAGAGCUCUUUUUAUGGAAUGUUCCGAAAGAGAAUCAACGAUUUGGUUUUUUAAGACAAUGGUUUGCGUUCGCAUGUUAAAGGUGGGCAUUGUAUGCUGUCCUGGAGACCAUGCUAUCUUUAUAGAUCAAUUUAUAUCGGUAAUGCACUCACUGUCAUUUUAAAAUAUUGUUUGACUUUUUCGGGAAAAAUAUUUAUCUGCCCAUGUUUUAAAUGCUUCUUUGGGUAUAGUUCUCAUUUCAUUGUACAGCCAUUAGGCCAUUUAUUAAAUGUAGCCUUUGAUUUUACACCAUAUCAUGUUUCGACAAUAUUUAUAAACUGGAAGCCAUUUGAAAGUACUUAGGCCUAGAUAACCUAAGUGUAGCAUCUCCAUCAUCAUAUGACGGAAAAAAUAAUUUUCAUUUGUACAGAUUGUUUUGAAUGCUUGUUCCUUGUUUGAUUUCGCCAUUUUUCUUGGAUGUUUCAGUAAGUUUUUGACUUAUUUUACUUAGUGUAGGCGAUUAUUAGGGUUCGGUUCCCUGAUAAUUUCGUCCUGGAGGCAAAGUUCCAUCCCUCAGAGACCAUACAAAGCUUAACUGAUCUCCUCAUCAGAGUAUUGGCGAGGCCAGAUCUUCCCUUCUAUCUAUGUGAGUCAUGCCUGACAAAACUCCAUCGUAAAUACAAUCCCUUGUCUGUUUUCGUGGGAAUCUGCGUUUCUUAACAUGAAAUGGGCUGGACAGGACUGAUGCUUUCGCAUAUAAUCCUUUUGUUUUGUUUUCAGAAAAGAGAAAUAAAAUAUACAAUAUAGGUGGGUUACUAAAAAAAAACGCUGGUCUGGGAUGCAUUUGCCAAUGGUUUCUAUUUGAUGAGAUAAAUGGGUAGAGCUUGAGCAGCUAUUUUGAUAGAGGCAAGACGUUUUUUUCCUGAGCUUUGCCCAUGCUUUUGGCUAAAAAAAGGAAUUAUUUUAUCUACCUCGGGAAGAAAUCAACAGAACACCAGCUGUCUCAAAAAAUAAACAGAAGCCGUGGGAUUCCAGGUUUUGAUGAUGGGAUACCACUUAACUCCAUUACUGAGGGUUUUAAUGAGGGCAAUUGCGAACCAAUUGAAAACAUGAACAUAUUUUCUUCUCUUUUCAGUAUUUAAUGAACUUAUGGUGCCAUCUGUCUUAAAAGAAAAGUGUUUGUCGAACCUUAGGCAUGAACAGCUGCAUUUCUCCGGCUCUCUUAGGAAGACAACCCUACUAUUAGAGAAAACUUCUCUUGUGAAGGUCGGUCCUACGAGCGAAAAGUAUUAAAGGUGCCAUAAACACCGUUCUUUUGUCCCCAUGAAGCCAGAAUAGGCCAUGGACUGCUUUCUUCGCUUAUUAAAUCUAUACCCAACUGAGCCCUGUUCUAUUUCAGACUAUGGAUAUCCAUCUUUGAUACUUAGUUCAUCCAAAAGGGUUGAAAUUUGACGUCAUUUCAGUAGAAAAAAGGGUAUGCCGCCACUCAUCUGGCUGUAGUCGGGAGGGUUCCAUCCCUUCCGGGGCUACGUGGACAUAUUUUAGGUGCACACUGGAUAUCAGGUUAAAAAAUGGAUGUUGGAGGGAUCCAUUUGAAUAUCACUGGUCUCAGAUAACGCAACCUCAAAAAAUCUUUGAGACACCCAGAAGAUGGAUGGGAUCUAAGUACCUUUCUGACAUAUUCGGAAUUAAUGCAUGUUUUUCUGAGGAAUUUCAGACCACUGAUCACAUAAUUCAAAAGGUUGAAGGUCUCAGUGGUUGUCUUUACUAGGUCUCAUACUAAAUAACUAAUAUCUGUGGACCAGACUAUUUAGGUUGGGCGGAUCCGUUACUGCUGAUGUUGAGUUUAUUCCAAAUUUAAUUGGCUACACACAUCGGUAUGAUAUUUAUUGUAACAUGUUUUCCUUUUCAUUUUCUCCUGUGUUCUUGAUCUCUGACAACUACUGACCAAGAAGAUGAAGAUAAUGGAAGAUAUUUUUUUGUGAGAUGGGGGUAUAAUUUUCUGACUAAGAAAAUAAAAAAUGCUUCACCCAAUUUUUUAAAUAUUUUUUUUUUCAUGGACAUCAUUUUCGUGUUUGAUUGCUUCUGUUCAUGUGGAUUAUCUAUUUCAUUGCUACAGGGGACCGCUUUUGGCGUUUUGGGUUCUGUUCUUCCUUUGGUCAUGCGACAAGUUCUUAAGAGUUUUUGCGUCUUUGCAGCUGUUGGUGGGAUUGGCAUCCUUUAUGAUUAUUUAUUGAAAUGACCCUCCUGCAAAUCGUUUUCUGAUUCAGAUACCACUCCCCCUAAACAACGAAUUAGAGACUUCUCCAAGGAUUUUUAUUCGGUCGGCUUUGUGCCUGGAGCAAUUGUGUACUUCUCACAUGAUCUUCCAAGAGGUUGCUCCUCUCUCUCUCUCUCUCUAACUAUUUGUAUGUAUGAAGAUGCUCAGCCUAUCGCUUAGUGGGUUCGCAUUGAAUUGAUAUAAUUUUCUCUGCCCAUCACUUCGUAUUGGUAUUUUUGCUGCUGGUGUUCUUAAUGAUGUGAACUUCCGAACUAUCCUCGUAGUUAUGAAGGCAGAAAAUAUUUUCCUUGAAUAAGUUGAAGAACAUCGAGAACACUUUCCAGAGGCCGAAGGCGGAGGCGGAGACCUGGGGCCCUUCCUCCGCGAGGACAUCCUCUCUCUGAAUGGCAUCGAUCCCGCUCCCCAGACUGUCGACAUCAUUCAAUCUGUCGCCGGGCCUGCCCCCCCAGAGCUCACCGCUGACCUCUCCACCGAGCUGAAGCCCUCCGAGAAGAAGCUGGGUAAGCCCAAGUGGCUCAAAAUGUAA